AUGGCUAGCAACAACAGCGAGGAGCAGCCUCAGCAGCAGCACAACGAUCAGCAGCAGCAGCAGCAGCAGCAGGAGCAGGAGCAGCGAGUAGAAGAAGAAGCAAAGAUGAAUAGUUCAGGGGCUGAGAUGCUGUCUCCUUCAGUGUCUCUGCAGCCUGCAGCAGAGACAAAUGCUCUAUGCGUGCCCCCUCGUUUGCUGCUGGGCCCAGGCCCUUCAAAUUAUUCUGCUGCUGUCUCCUCAGCUCUAAGCCAGCCUGCUGUAGGGUACCUCGACCCCUAUCUAAUACAUGCAAUGAAGGAUAUACAGCUGCUGCUGCAGUAUUGCUUCCAAACAGCAAAUGAAGUUACGCUUGCUAUUAGCGGCACAGGCUCAGCAGCAAUGGAAGCAGCACUUGCUAAUAUAAUUGAGAAAGGAGACAGAGUAUUAGUCCUAAUAAGCGGCUACUUCGGUCUAAGGUUAGCAGAGAUGGCUAGGAGAUAUGGUGCAGAUGUUUGCUGCUCAGAGAUACCGUGGGGUGAAGUCUUCUCGCUGCAGCAGAUUGAGCUGCUGCUGCAGCAGCAUAAGCCCUCUCUUGUUUGUAUUGUUAUGGCGGAGACAUCUACAGGGGCCCUUCAACCUCUAGAAGGUCUAGGGUGUCUCUGCAGAAAGUAUGAAGCUCUGCUGCUCGUAGAUGCUGUUACUGGCUUAGCUACAUCUCCUUUGUUUGUUGAUGCUUGGAUGAUAGAUGUUUGUUAUAGCUGCAGUCAGAAAGGCCUAAGCUGCUGCCCUGGGGUGUCUCCUCUUACUGUGGGGCCCAGAGCAAUAGAGAAGAUACGCAGCAGGAAGACGCCUGUCUCUAACUGGUACCUAGACCUGUCUCUUCUAAUGAAGUACUGGUCUGGAGACAAGCGUUGCUAUCAUCAUACACCUCCUAUUAGUCUUCUCUUUGCUUUAAGAGAGGCUCUGAGGGCUUUAGCGAAGGAGGGUCUUGAAAAUGUCUGGAGAAGACAUAAGGAGACAGCAGAUUUCUUUGCUGCGCAGCUGCAGCAACGGGGCAUACAGCUGCAUGUACAGCGCGAGGAGUAUAGAAGCCCUGCACUUACUACUGUCUCCGUUCCUAAAGGGGUUUCUGCUGCUUCUGUUGCUGCUGCUCUGCUUCAAGAAGGUGUAGAGAUAGGAUUAGGCAUUGGUCAGCUUGAGGGCAUUUUAGCUGAGGGCCCUGGCGGGGAGGCCUUUGAGCCCUGCUUAGACUCAAUAUAUCUUUAUCUUUUUUGA